GACCAGUGGUAGAGGAGGACUGCAGGAGGUGGAGAAAGAGGAACAGGAGGAGGAGGAGGAGGAGGAGCAGCAGCAGGAGGAGGGAGAACAAACCAGCAGAGCAGCAUCGAGGGAGCCAGGGCGGGAGGGAGGGAGGGAGGUUCAGUGCGGCCUCAGCAGUGGGCCGGGUCGGACGUGUGGAGUGUGCGCGUGUCUGUGGCGGUCCAGCCUUCACGUGGAGGCGUUCGUUCGUACCCUUCGUGGCUCAGGUGUCCCCGACCCCUCGCACCUGCCUCCCGCGCCGCAAGGUGUGCCAGGGCCAGGUGUUGACACUCCCCGUCUCGCCCGGCGUUAGGGCUCGGCGGUGCUGUAGCGAUUGGAGCAUUUAUUAGCGGCAAAAACGAUAGAUCGAUGGAAAUAAAGUAGACCAACCAUCAAGAUCGAAAAGCUCGUGGUGUUUGCGUCGUGCGGUGCUCUGCGUCUGUUCGCCCCUGACGCCGUCUGGCCGCCAGGCGCUGCAGGAGGCGCGCGGCGUCAGCGUCACUGAGAUAACCGUGGUGAUUGAUGGCGCUGAUGUACGUGAAAUAAGUUAUAAGUUUCUCUCACACGUUGGAAAGUGUAAAGGGCCUGGAAGUACAGAAAAGCAGCAUUGCCACUGCCACAAGGACGCAAAAAAGUCUGACCCGAUAUAUUGAGAAACCGAGGUGACAAUGUUGGCUUCCCCGGCGGCCCUGUAGGCGGCAGCUGAUUGGACGGCCAACGCAGGGACUCGCCGCCGGCUCUCGGGGGACCUGCCACCCGCGUCACCGGCUGCGCCUCCCUCGUCACAAAACCUUUGCUGCUGCUCUCCUCUAGCACCGCGCCGCCCCUCUCCGCCCCACUCCACCCCACCGCCGCGAAGAGUACCCACCGCCCCCUGGAUGAGCGGCGGCCCCCGCGCGGCGCGGCCCCGCGGGGACUGACGCAGCGCACCACUGUGAGGCUGACACUGUGAGGCUGCGAGGGGCGGCAGCCGUGGCGGGUGAGGCAGCAGCAGCCCUCCCAUGACCAUGCUGGAGGGGUCGGGGUCAGGGGCGGGGACGGGGGCGGGGACCGGCGUGCACCGGCGGGGCUCCGCUGGUCCCGGCGGCACCUGCCCGUCCGGCCCUUCGCUCUCGCUUCCGGCGGUGGCGCUCGGAAUCGAGCUGAAUGAUCUCGCCAACGCCUUAUGACGCCUCGCCUCCUGCGACGCCACCAUGCCAGAGGGGCCGGCGCCCGACCUCCCGCCGGGCGUCCGGGCCCGACGCAGCAACUCGGCCCGGGCCUCGCCGCGCCACUCCCCACGCCACUCCCCUCGCGGCAGCCGCCACGGCUCCCUGCGGCGAGAAGGCGAAGACCCGCUGCCCCCGCUGUGCCCCAUCCACCUGGAGCCCUCGCCCCGUGUGUCGCCCCGCCCCUCCCCCCGCGCGUCCCCUCGCGCCUCGCCGCACGGAAGCCGCCAUGGGUCCCUGCGGCGGGGCAGCCAGGACGUGCAGGCCAUCACACUGCCCAUCCAUCUGGAGCCGUCGCCGCGCCCCUCGCCCCGCGGCAGCCGUCACGGGUCGCUGCGGAGGGAGAGGGACGAGUCCCCGGGGCCCAUCCACCUGGAGCCUCGCAUUGUGGUGGCGCUGCCCGCCCGUGUGCACACGCUGCCGCUGCCGCUUGGCGACGGGGAUUACAUCGCCCUCUCCCCCCUUGGAACGCCCAUGCUGACCACGCCUGUCUCCCCCACCACGCCGACGCCCAUCACCCACACACCCGCCACGCCCGUCUCGCCCGUGCUUCCGAGGAUCAUCUCCACCAACUGGGAGUCGCUGGGAGCCUACGACCCCUACAGGUAGUGACCGC